AUGGCCAUCAAUAAAUCACUAAAAAACAAAGUCGGUAUUGAAGGUACCGGAGGCAGCUUUGCCCUUUUACUCUACCCAAAACCUAACGAAGAAGGGCUACAUACCAACAUGAAACACAUUGAAACUGAGAUCAAGAAAAGGAUUAAGCCACACGAAUUAAAAAUUAAGGUUAAAUCAGUGCGCCAAGUUAAAGGUGACGGAAUAUGCUUCAGGACCGAUAGCCAAAAGGAAGCUGAAAUACUAUCUGAGGCUAUCAAAAAACAUCCAGAUAUAGCCGGGAAAAUACACAGUAAAUUCUCCGAAGGUCGUAGGCCACGUAUUAUUCUCACUAACGUCCCAAUUACUGUAGAAGAAGCAGACAUCAUACCCAUGAUUUAUAAUCAAAAUGACAUUUUUCAAAACACGACCAUAGAAGAAUUUGCCAGUGCCACAAGAAUCAGCACUGUGCUAUUCAGGAAUAAUAAUAAAGAAAACUGUCGCCACAUAGUAAUCUCAACAUCACCUAAGUUCAGAAACAUUCUGGUUAAAACGAAACAUAUUGCUCUAGAAUGGGCAAAAAUUUAUGUCAACGAUUAUAUCCCAUUGGUACGUUGUUACCAAUGUUGUGGAUACAAUCAUCUUUCCACCAACUGCCCCAAUAAACAAAGAUGCAGUCACUGUGGGAAAACUCAUAAAUUUAGUGACUGCAGAAAACUAGAAGAUCCACCUCAAUGCACGAACUGUAGAACUGUCAACAAGGAAUUACCGGAAUAUGACAGAUACGACACAACUCACAAUGCCUUCAAUCCACAGUGUCCACAGACCAUCAGAAUGAAAGCUCAGACCAUCAGAAUGAAAGCUCAAACCAUCCGACAAACUAAUUAUGGGGUGUAG